UGUCACCUGUCACUCAUGAAUCAUGAUGGUCCAGUGUUGAUUUUUUCAUCAAAUAAAUAAGCAAUAAUUAUAAAAGUGAAAUCAAAUAAUUAAAAUAUAUAAUUCACUGAAUUUGCUUACAACCUAAAUUAAAUCCAUUCAAAACUACAGAAAAAUGUCGUCAGACGCAAUACAAGUGAGUUCCUUGCCGCUCCCUCCAUUGCAAUAUGUAAACCAGUACACAGAUGAACUUAUCAGAAGGGGCAGAGCCCCGAAACCACCUCCUCCUAUUCAGGACACUUAUCACAUGUUUGGAAACACGUUCAACACUGAAGAAAGUAUUAUAAGGCCUCUGGAAAGUCAGGGAAUCAAAAGACUUUACCCACAACACUUCGACAGACGCAGAGAAUUGAAAAAACUUAACCAAUCUCUCCUAGCAAAUUUCCUCGAUCUUCUAGAUUUACUAGUAAAUUGUCCAGACUCGCCAAAAAGAACUGAAAAAGUAGAAGACUUGAGCCUGCUUUUCAUUCACAUUCAUCAUUUACUAAACGAAUUUCGUCCUCAUCAAGCAAGAGAAACUUUGCGAGUCAUGAUGGAAUUGCAGAAAAGACAAAGAAUAGAGACUGCCAACAGGUUCCAAAAACAUCUGGACAGGGUUAUGGAAAUUCUACAGCAAGCCAUUCAAAAUUUGCCAGAGCCCAUGGAAUUGGACUCGAAACUUAUGGUUGAGACCGAUUUGAUGGUCAAGCAAGACAAAAUGGAUAAAAACGAUGCCAACAGUGAUCCAUGUGAUAUUAAAGACAGAAUUAUGUGCAGUAUUGUUGAUAAUAUGUAAGGGAUUUUGUAUUUGAAUAAAUUAUAAUAAUUAAGAAAUAAAUAUUUAUCUACUUAAUAUAUUUCAUUAUUAAUUAAACAGGAAUCUUAACUUGCAAUAAUAUCUUUUUCAUUGGAUGCAGAUACAUGAACUUCAUUCUCCUUUAGUUUAUCUUCAUUUUCCUUCUGAUCCAAUAAUUGAUCUUCACUUUUCUCCAUUUGAUCUAUAUUCUUCUCUAACUGACUUUCAUUAUUCUCUAUAUGAGUUCCAUUGUUUAAUAAAUGAUCUUCAGCUUCUGUUUGUUCUGAAUCAGCCUUUUGGUUUUGCUUUAACAAAUCUUUAAUUUCAUUAUACUCAUCAAACAAAUCAAUUUGAUAAUUAGUUACAAUUUUUUUGGGUGAUUUUUGAAUUACAGAAUUUAAACAUUUUAUCACAGCCAUUUCAUUGUUCAAUGCAUUGUUCUUUAUUUUAUAAGAUUGUUUUAAAGGGUUGAAAC